CAUUCACAUAUAUCCAUAAUUUCCUCACUCCUUUACUUCAGCUCUGCUUUCCCUUUUCUUCUCUGCUGCAAAAAUGGCGUCUCGAUUUUUCCCCUAUACCAUCACCAGUACAAUUUUCUACACUGACCAUUCUGUCCCCAAUGCCCACACGAAAGUCGUUGAAAUCCCCAUCCAGUCCCCUUCUGAUGAACCACCGGCCUCGAUUCCCAUCCCAAUUGCGCAACCUCAAUCCUCUGCUGCUGUUAAGAUACAGUCAGUGUAUCGAUCGCACAGGGUCCGGAACCUUGUAAAGAAGAUCGCCGCGGUCAAUUCUGAAGCCAAUUAUUGGGAAAGACUCAUCCAACAACAGGAGACAGUUGAUGCUGUGCGUACCAGUGAACAGGAGCGGAUCAAGAUCAACGAGGCUUUGAUGAGUUUGUUAUUCAGGUUAGACUCGGUGCCCGGGAUUGAUGCCACUGUGAGGGAGCUGAGGAGGCAUGUGAGCCAUAGGAUUGUGGGGUUGCAGGAGAUACUGGAUGCAGUUUCAGACUCGAAAGUUCAACACUGGGAUGGGUUUUUAAGGUACUGGGAUGAUGUUUUAGCUGGUAUGGAAAAAGAGGUGUGCAAAGAAAUAGGUGGUGGGAAUGACAUGGAGAGGUAUUGUGCUGAGCAUUUGGGAUUUCGAUGUCUACAGAGGUUUCUUCGUGACCAAUGAUCAUGCGCAUAAGUAAUAGAGCAUGUUUGGCUAUGCUUAAAAAGUUAUUUCACUAGAAAGGAAGUUGUUAAGAAAAGUCAUAUUUCAAAAAUAAGUGACUUUGACUUUGACUUUUGCUUUCUAUCUGUUUAUAUUGUAAAUCGAUACACGAGUUCCUAAUCUUUUGCUUACAUUUUGUGGUGACGUGGUGUAUUUAUUUUUGUUAGUUGUUA